AUCUACCAUAUCAUAAACGCUCUUUAAAAGGAAGAAGAAGAAGAAGAAGAAAGAUAACCAGAAAAUGGCGUUGGCGGGUCUCUACAGGAGAGUUCUUCCAUCUCCUCCUGCGAUCGAGUUCGCUUCUCCAGAGGGAAAGAAACUCUUCACGGAAGCUUUGGCAGGAGGAACUGCGGAAGGAUUUUUCAAACUAAUAUCGUACUAUCAAACGCAAUCGGAGCCUGCGUAUUGUGGACUCGCCACUCUCGCAAUGGUCUUAAACGCCCUGGCUAUCGAUCCCGGUAGAACCUGGAAAGGGCCUUGGAGAUGGUUCGAUGAUACAAUGUUGGAUUGCUGCGAGCCUCUGGAGAAAAUCAAAAGUCAAGGCAUCACUUUUGGGAAAGUUGCUUGUCUGGCUGUUUGCAAUGGUGCUCAAGUCGAACCUUUCAGGACGGAUCAAUCUAACAUCCAAGGUUUUCGGGAACGCGUGGUUUCUUGUACUUCCUCCGAGGAUUGCCAUUUGAUCGUCUCCUACAAUAGAGCAAUUUUAAAACAGACAGGAACAGGUCAUUUUUCACCCAUAGGGGGUUACCAUGCUGGAAAGGAUAUGGUUCUGAUCUUGGAUGUUGCUAGAUUCAAAUACCCUCCUCAUUGGGUUCCUCUUUCGCUUCUUUGGGACGCCAUGAAUACUAUUGACGAAGCAACUGGACAUCUUAGGGGUACACCUUUAUUGUUCAAAGAGGUGAUAACUGGUUCCGUUUCUAUUGUGGAUCAAAUGCAGAGUUGUAAACAUAAGGAUUGGAAUGUAGUUGCGAAUUACUUGACGGAAGAUCUUCCCCGUCUGUUCUCCUCCAAAAAUCUAAAAGAUGUUAAUGAUGUAUUAUGUGUCGUAUUUAGAUCAGCACCUCCCAAUUUGCGGGAUUUCAUCCAAUGGAUUGCAGAGGUUCGUAGACAGGAUGAUGGCAGUACCGUUUUAAGUGAAGAGGAGAAACAAAGGCUUGCACUCAAGGAAGAAGUAUUGAACCAAAUACGGGAGACGGAACUAUUCAAACAUGUGAUGGGAUAUUUGGGACAUGAGCGUUCGUUGUGCAAAAAUGUGACACCUUUGGGUUACAAAGAUAGCUUAGCUGACAUUGCUGCAGAUGUUUGUUGUCAAGGAGCUGAACUUUUAACAGGGAAAAUUAGGUCGUUAAACAGAUGCUGCUGUAAAGAUAUAAAGCUUCUAAAAACCGAGUGUAAGGAGCCUGUCACAGUGGCUUCUGGCACUGUAACUACCGAUGGGAUUGAACAAACGGUUGAUAUGCUGAUCCCAUCAUCUGCAACAAAGCCCAGUUGUUUCUGUGAUUUUGACCAAAAUGGUUGCCGUGGCAUACCUCCAUCAAUAGGGGAUGGUCUGACGGUUCUUCUUUUUGCACUGCCGCAAGAUACCUGGUCGGGCCUUGAAGAGAAGGUACAGGCAGAGAUGAAAGGCCUUACAGUCGUUGAUAGUCUCCCAACUUUGCUCCAAGAAGAGGUAAAGUCUGAUUUCUUAUGUUUUUUCUUUUUUUGUUUGUAUCGACUUCUUCGUAUUUUCAUUUUAGGCAUCGAGUUUAUCGGUUUUCUUCAACCAUUUUCCAUUCUUUUCUGCAUUAUCAUUCUCAUUUAGACAAUUAUUGUAACCACUCAAGGCUUUCCACAUUUCAUGACAAAAAAGUC